CGAAUACUGAUGCCUUUUUGCGUUGGUUAUGGCCAUUUCCCAGACUCACCACCAAGGCAGUAGACUGUGUAGCGUGGAGCCCAGGUUUGAAACACGCAGACGGCAGACGACGACAGACCUCGACGGGCAUGCAGAACCAGCAGGACAAUGCCAUCCUGCUCGGCAAUCAUUGAUUAACAGCAAGAAGUAGAAUAACAGGCCGGGUGGAAGCGAGGAAAUAGUGUUAAUCCGCAGGACGCAGAAACGAAAAGCCGGAACUCCGCGAGCGUUUUAGCAGAAGAGCAGACGGGAACGAACAUCCAGGAGAAUCCGUUCAGCAGGCCUCGAGUCCAGCGUCGAAUUCGCAGUCCUGUCGCGCCGAAAAGCCAUGUUUGCCGAGUCCAGAAGCCAGCGCGAGCUCUGGGCACUCGCAAGACACAGAAGAUGUGCUCGCCCCCCGCACCAGGCAGAAUUUGGCCAGUCACAAUACCAAAAUUCCCUGCCGUAGCUACACCUGCGCGUCCGUCCUCUUUCUCUGUCACUUCACUUCACUUCCUCUCCUUCUCUCUCCCCUUUUAACCCCCCCCACAACGACCCCUGGCUAUCUUCCAGCAUCACUCUUAUCAAUCUUCUCAUCUCCUACCCUCCUCCUGACCCUGUCCUGGAACACGAUGAAUUCGCGCGACCACCCUGACAUGCCUCCCGCGUCAUCCUACCCAUCGCCCAACGCGACGCAGAUGGGUCAGGGAACCAUGCAGUAUUACACAAAUCGACAGUUGACUGCUGACGAACUCUUGUCUGCUGAACUUUCCCGUGAAACAGGGGGUGCAAACCUCACUGAUAGCUCAACCAACGGCGUGCACCAUGGUCAGUCGAUGGUUCUAGGCUCGUCCAACCCUGGUGCUCACGACAUGGGUCGCCCUCCGUCGCCAGAUCACCAUCAACAACACAUGCUCCAAUUCCCCCCAAGCCAACAGGUUGGUGUCGAUCCAAAUCAUGACUUGAGCUAUGGAGAUCAGAGUGCGCGCAGGAAAAGAUCAAAGAUCUCCCGUGCCUGUGACGAAUGCAGACGCAAGAAGGUCCGUUGCGAUGCAAGCACGGAAACUGGAAUCGAUACGUGUUCGAACUGUCGCCGUCUUGGAGUCGCUUGCCAGUUCAGUCGCGUCCCUAUGAAACGCGGUCCGAGUAAGGGGUAAGGAUUGCGCAUUGUUUACUAUGCUUGAGAGGAGCCAAGCGACGUGGAUACCCUUUCUCUUAUGCACUGAACACAAUCGGAGCUGAUUUUCGCAUGACAGGUAUAUCAAGGAGUUGGCAGAGCGCCUGCAUACGCUCGAGAGUCAAAUGCAGCCUCCCAUGGUUCAUCCUGACAUCCAAUACCAACCCAUGAAUGAAGUGUCGUCUCCAAGGGGCUACAGUGACUUCUCGUCAGCAAUGGACGCGGCUCCGAUUCCGCGUAAACGCACCUACUCCGUCUUCGAAGGCUUGCCUUCGUCGUCCUUUACGCAGCCACCGUUCAAUGCUCGUGGCCCCCAUGCAGCGUUUGACACAGGAGAUAAUACAGCUACAGACCCCUGCAACCCUGCGGUUACGAAUGGUUCCGUGCCUAAAGCCGGGAAUUUGUUCUGGUCCGGAGAGCAUGGCUUGCCAGACGCACUAGACGUGGGUGAGGUGAAGGCAGUUACGGAAGAGGAUAUGACACCCCUGGAUGUUGAUGAUGGCGCUUUCAACGCUUACCAUCAUAAGAUACUUCCCAUCUUUCCCGUUCUUCCGUACUCCAAGGAGCGCCUGCUUGAGCUUCUACACCAGUGUAGCCGUGAGGUCCAAGAAGUGUUCCUUUAUGCUCUCUACGCCGUGACGUGCACCAACAUGGGUCGUGUGGCGAAUGCAUUUGAGAAAGUUGCCUCGUACGAUGCUGCUCAGGACCUGCUGCUGUCGUACCAUGCUCGCCAGCCGGUUGUUAUUCGCCCGACUGCUGUCAGUUUGGUAUGCCUUCAGGCAUUACUUCUAAUGAUCCUUGAUUGCGAUGCUCGUGGACCUGAGAACCUUCUGGCCAAGAAUGGCGCUCCGAAACACGCGUUAAUCCAGGCUGCAACCAAAAUUGGCUACGAUCUGGCCAAGAUACUCGGUCAGUUGAGGGGCAAACGGACUUCCGAUUCGGAUGUUGACUCAGAUUCCAACCUCACUCGGCGGAAUUGGGUUUCUUUGGCUAUCCUCGCUCGUUGGCAUGCUCUGGGUGUGGCGGAUGCUAGUCUUGUUGGAAAUUAUGAGAUAGGCGGCUUGGAGGAUGAAAGAGUCGUUGGCACAGCUACGUCUCAGAUAGCCUCUUACUCUACGUUCCUUACGGAGAUGGUUGCUAUCGUGAGUCUCGAACCGAAUAUUUGCCAAACGAAUACUGGCUUGGGCCGCGUGGUGGGAGCCAACUUGGUGGCUUCGCUUGAACGUCUUGCGGAGAUAGAACGCGCUCGCAAGUUCCGCGAAACACCGGAAGAAGCAACAGCUCACAACUUCUUGGACAAUCUCGAGGCGCAAUUGUAUUGGACGAUUCGGCUUCUUGUUAAGCGGCAUCUUUUUGUCUACAGCCCGUACGAGAUCAUUUACUGUGCUGAAGAACUGGUCAAUGAGAUGCACAAGGCGACUCCUCAACCCCGUCUUCCUAGUCCUUUCGACCUUCACAGCUUGGCCCUGGCCUCGAUGACCCUUCUGGAGGCGACAGUGCUCCCCGAAUACGCGAGCGGAUGCUGGACUUCUCUGAAGAAGGUUGAAGAGAUACUGGAUCGCCGUGCCAAACACACAGCCGAGGAGGGAGAAUUUGACAAUAUAUUCGGGGCGUCUGGCUGGGAUUCUAAGAUUCGUGCUUUCAUGGAAUGGAGACAAUCCAACAGUAAGACCCAGGAGGAAGCCGACACCAAGAAUGCACAGCAACCUCCAGUGAUGGGUCCGAAUGAACAGCGCUCCUUGCAGCAUCUUGCAGACCUCGCUGUUGGCGUUGAAGGUAGUGUGUCAGCGAAUGCGUCCUCCCCGCCGCCUGCUCUCUCUACAGAAAACAUGACCGGUGCAUCGUCAGGAUUUAGCGCAACAUCACCUAGUGCUCCUCCACCCACGCAGGCCCACGGACGCAUUUUCGUCGACUUUACUGCGCUUACUAAGGAAGGCUAUCUGAAUGUGUUUGCAGGGCUUGCAUCUCGCAAGUCCCGUUAGCUGGUGUCGCGGUUCAGAUUGGAGGGGGGGGUUGUCAUUGGGAUUGUGUCUCUUUUUCAGGGAGUAAAACAGGGGGUAAAAAGCGGAGCAUUCAUCGGGUUCUCCACUCAUGCUGAUAAGACAUCAUUCUAACCGACCCCUACGGUAACCUUCGGGGUCGCGCGUAUUGCGCGACCCUGACAACCACCCGAGCACCCCAGCCACCCGAGCACCGAUUUUAGAACUUCGUAGAAUUCCAACCCAUCAACUUUAUCAUAUAAUUCAAC